CCCAUGUAAACAUUUUGAAAGUAUGCACACAGGUAUUUCAUUGCUUUUAUUGAAAUAAUUUCAGAUUAGUAUCGCAUAGCAGUGUUUUUUAUACCAAAUUAAUUACACAAAAAGAACUGCCAUGUCAACUGCACAAAAAGUUAGAACACCAGUCAUCUCAUAUGUCAUAAGCAGCAAAGAUGGAAGAAAAAAUACUCCUGGAACUGUUAUAAAGACUAACAGUGUGCGCAUAUCAGUACGGCAACCUGCAGCAAAACCCCUUCAAAAGGUUCCGCCACCUGUAAAAGCAAAACCUGCAAAAGUAUAUCCUCCAUCAAGUGCUGAAGUCAAAACACCUACUGAUGAGUUCCCACCACCACCACCACCAGAAAUAAUGGAAAAACCAGCUAAGUCAAGUGUAGAAGAUGAACUUGAUGCAUUGACAGCAAUGUUAGCUUUAGGAUUGGAGAGCACGGAUGAUCCGGAUUUUUAUGGUGUGUGUCACAAAUGUCGAAAAACAAUAGUAGGAGAAGGCAGUGGGUGCACAGCAAUGGGUGAUAUGUAUCAUGUCUCCUGUUUUGUCUGUGGAAAUUGUGACACCAAACUUACUGGACUUGAAUUCUACUGCUUGAAUGAUGCACCAUUAUGUGAAAGAUGUUAUAUGAACUCUCUUGAAGAUUGCGUUGUUUGCAAAGAAAAGAUAACUGAACGUAUUUUAAAAGCUGUGGGCUCAUCGUACCAUCCACAAUGUUUCGGUUGUUCAAGUUGUCAUAAAAAUCUGGAUGGUAUACCGUUUACUGUGGAUGCUUCAAAUGCAGUGCAUUGCGUGGAAUGUUACCAAGUGAAAUUUUCGCCAAGAUGUGCUGCGUGUGACAAACUUAUAAUGCCUAGCAACGAGCAAGGAGAAACAGUACACAUAGUAUCUAUGCAAAAGAAUUUCCACGUCGAAUGCUACAAAUGCGAGGAUUGCGCAGUACUUCUUUCAAGUGACGAGGGUCGUGGUUGUUACCCAUUAGAUGGACACCUCUUAUGUCAGCGCUGUAAUGGCGUACGUAUGCAGAAUGAAAGCAAAAGGGCAAGCAAAAGCUCAUCGCAGUCAACUGAAUUGUGAAACCUGAUCAACUCAACCAUCCAAAAAUGUAUUUGUUCUUUGUAGUGCAAAGUAAACACUAUAUUUGGGUGUGGUGUAUGAUAGCUUGGUUGACUAAGCUAGAGAAAAAUAAUAUGAUUGAGUUUCUCUUAUACUAAAGCUUCAACGAAAAAGACUUUGACAGAACUCAAAUCAACCGAUAACCACAAUUUUGUUACCCCGAAAGUUACCCCGAAUUUAAAUUCUUUAUUCCGUCCCACUUUUUUAGUAAAAAAUCUUCCUGCUAGACAUUUUAAAAGUUGAAUGACAUGGCGUUAUUUAACCAGAAAGAUUUUUUACAGUUUGACGCUGUGAAUUUGGAUAAGUACUGUGGUGUGAUUUAUAUUUCUGGCGUGAUUUUUCGUCAAGAACUAUUCCCUUGAAAUACUUUUACCUAAUAAAAGAUUAGUUUUUGGUUUAUUUUUUUUAGUAUUGUAUCAUAAUUUUUUAAUAUGCAUCUUUUCUGUACGUUAUUUUUUCUUUAUAAUAAUAAAACUAUAAAAUUA